UCGAGACGCUUAAGGAAUACACGAGAGAAAAGUGAAUAUUGUGGGGAAUCAAAAUAAUAUCAAGAUGCAGGAAAUCGUAGCUUCAGUUACCCACAUGCGAUUCGACAUUGAAAUGGCACUGGAGCAGCAACUUGGGUCACAACCUCUGCCGUUUCCGGGGAUGGAUAAGUCUGGUGCAGCUAUUUGUACAUUUUACCUGAGUAACAUCUGUAGCAAGGGAACAGCCUGUCCAUAUCGGCACAUCAAAGGGGACAGAACUGUGGUGUGUAAACAUUGGCUGAGAGGCCUCUGUAAAAAGGGAGAUGACUGCGAGUUUCUACAUGAAUAUGAUUUAUCAAAAAUGCCUGAGUGCUAUUUUUUCUCCAAAUUUGGUGAAUGCAACAACAAGGAAUGCCCAUUUCUACACAUAGACCCCUCAGCUAAAAUCAAAGAUUGUCCAUGGUAUGACCGAGGCUUCUGUCGACAUGGUCCCAAAUGUAAAAACCGACACGUACGCAGAGUGCUAUGUCAGUGCUACUUACAAGGAUUCUGUUUAGAUGGACCAAAGUGUAAAUUUAUGCAUCCGAACUUUGACCUUCCAACAUAUGAUCCAACAACACAAGCUAAAAAGGCUACAAUUGUUUGUCACAUGUGUGGUGAGACAGGCCACAAGGCUAUCAGCUGUCCCAAGGGCAAGAAUGCUGACGGAAAGCCAAAUAUAAUACACUCUUCACCGAUUGGUAGACCCAUUAAUGUACAGACACAGCACUCAGACUCCCACAGUCACACAGAUCGAGGAGAUGGCAGUGAUCCCAGACGACCGCUCGAUCAAGUCACCUGUUUUAAGUGUGGAGAGAAAGGUCAUUAUGCUAACAAGUGUCCGAAAGGUCAUCUAGCUUUCCUCAGUGUAAAUGCACAAUGAUACAUCAAUUGACAUAAGACUUUUACAGCAUAUGUUCUAUGUGAAAACCAGAUGGUUACAUGUUUUACACUGUAGAAAGUGUGUGGCUAAAGACAGCGGAUCUGAAUCUACAAUAUCUCUAGGUUUAAGAUUUCAGAAAAUAGUAAACAGUCACCCUUCAUCAUGCUGAUCGUCAGGAGGAUCUAAGUCUUCCGAUUCCCGGAAUUCUGGUGAUUUGUGGUUAGCAUGGGUAUACGACUGGAGGAAAUGACAAACUAGUAUGAUGAUACCAGUCCAGGAACAGAUUGUGUGAUGUGUCCCCGUUACACAGGAUUCUGGGACUACAACAACAAUGAGGGAAUCCAAAUUGAUUUCAUUGCUACAUGCAAGAUUGUUAUGUAUUUUGUAAUUGUGGACUAUUUGCAGAUAAUUUGUUGAUAUUUUGUCUUAUAAACUUAAGGUAAACGUGAUAGUGCUGUGGAGAGGAACAAAGUGUUUCACUUAUGGUAAGAAAACAUUUUGAAAAUGUAAUUAAUGUUUUAGACAUUAAAAGUCAAGUAAUAGCCAUUUAGGCAUAGACAAAACUGAAUUUUUUCACAAUAUUUUGAAAGCAUAGCUUGCUUUUCAAACAGAGAAUGGAUGCUUGUUCAUCACCAGGUAACUUGAGGUAAGCUCCAUUGUUGAUGACAUCAAAACUUGAAAAUUGGUAAAAUUGUUGAAAUGUCAUGGAAUAAUUCAGUAAAAUGUCUUUGAUAGCACCCUUUUAAGUCUCUUGCCAGGUACUGACCAUAGACCAGUGUGUUUUCUCCGGGUACUCCGGCUUUCCUCCACCUCCAAAACCUGACACGUCCUUAAAUGACCCUGGUUGUUAAUAGGACGUUGAACUAAAACAAACAAAACAAACAAUACAAACCCAUCAAACCAUGCAAUGAUUUUCAUUUUUUGAAUUCUAGGUACAUACAUACUGGUUUUGCAUGUUCAGUAUAAAAAUGAGGGAAAAGUAAAAUCUUCUUCACUACAUUGUCUAAUAAGGAACAUUUGGCAAGUGACAUGCUUAUACAAUUGUGAUUACCAAGAAAAAGUAUCUUUAACACUAAGUCAAAUUGUGAUUAGAACGAUGACAUCAUUUUCUAUGUCUACAUCUUCAUCAAUUCUAGAUCUGCAUGUUUUGUGUGACAGAACGGUUUCCUUUUAUAAAUUUACUGUAUAGAUAGUGUUUCAAAAUAAUUGUUAAUGAAAUAAUUAUACAGGUAAUCUAGAAUUCAAUGGUGCAUGACUAAAUGUACUGAUUUAUUGCUUUACAUAAAAUUUUAUUGAAAUAGUUAAAUUCAAGUCUUCAAAAUCAAUUUGAUGUUUUAUGUACCUUGCAUAUGAAUGUUUAUGUUCAUGUUAGAAUGAUUUGAAAUUGUAUACGUAUACAUACUCAUGCUGUUUAACAGACAAUGUGACAGUUGUUAUUUUUAUAAAAAAUAAUACUAGUACAAAUGAGA